AUGAACGUUGAUGUGGGUUCGGUCACCCUUGAUCUGAAUUCACCCCGUGUGGUGGGUAAUGGCGGCGUGCUGGUGCCUGAACAGGAGUUUGUCGACCGUAUCUUCAACAAUGUGCUCGACGCGCCGGCAAACAACCGAGGGCAGAUCCGCUUUCUGUUGGCUGAUGCCGCCGCGGGCGCAGAAUACUUUCUGUACUUUGACAUCACCGCUAACGGUGCAAAGCCAGCCAACCCGGCCCUGGUGCUUAAUGGUCACUUUGAACUUUCUGCCGGUGGCACACCCACGCGCUGGACUACCUCGGCGGCUAACGCCGGCGGUAACCAGAACAACGAGGUGCAGACCACCAGUCAGGGGCAGACGUUAAGUCUUGGCAGUGGUUGUGGAACCAGUGGCGUGGCGUCACUCGAUGUCAGUCCUAACCUUUCAGGCGGUUCUGCAACCGGCCAACGCUGGCAUCUGCUGGGCUAUCGUGAUCAAUGCGAAGACGGCAGCGGCAAUGAACAGAUUCGUCUCGACCGGACAAUUACAGUGCCUGCCGGUGGUGCCGCCGGUGUGCUGGAGUUCUAUUUUCAGCUCCAGGCGUUUGACGGCAUUACGAACAACAGUAAUUUUGACUGGAUCGAGUUUCGCGUUAACGGUGCAACGGUCAACCACCGCGAUCUCGACAUAGAUAAUUCCGGCUCACCGCCGUUACGUAUUGAUACUGACCGUAUUGGACGUCCAGGUUACGCGGGUAGUCUGCGCGAUUACGGCUGGCGGCGCGCUGAACUGGAUCUGUCACCCUAUGCAGGUACAACUAUUACCUUCCGCGCGCAAACCCGGCACAGUGCAUCAGACAACUCUUAUCGUACCUGGGUGAAGCUGGAUGACUUCACCUGGAGUUUGCAGACGGCGACGCUGGGUACUGCGGAAGCCUUUGGUGUUAAUGUUUUUCUACCCAACGAUACAGCGACUGCUGCUGAGUCUGAAUAUGUCCUCAACGAUGUGUUGGCCAUCACAGCUCAGGUGGACGUGGAUGUCAGCGCAGUGCGCUCAGACGUUUAUGAUGCAGCUGAUACCCUGGUGGCCAGCGCCAUUGAACUGUUUGACGAUGGCACUCAUGGCGACCUGGUUGCUGGUGAUCGUGUGUGGAGUAAUGAUGGCAGCGUGCCUGCGGACCCCACGUACAGCUUCACCACCGGACCAUUUGGUUCAGGCUGGCGGGUCAGUGUAUACGCGUUAGAUAAUUCUGUUUCGGCGGGCGGUACGUUGGACGGUUUGUUAAUGAUUCCAGGCGCAGCCAAUACGCCGCAGAAUCAGACGAACUUUUACAAUGUGGAUGACCAGGUGUUCCUCCUGCGCGGCGCGGAAGUGGCCAUUGAUAAAUCUCUGCUGACACUGCAGGACAUGAUCAGUGCCACCCGGCCGAAAUCGAUCCCCGGUGCCUGGAUUCGCUAUCAGGUGCGGGUGGAAAAUCAGGGGCCUGACGGUAUUAAUGCCAAUACCAUUAAUAUUGUUGAUGAAAUUCCAGUCGAAGUGUCUUUGUGUGUCACACCGGCCUGUACCUGUGUGGGGCCAAGCUGCAGCCAGGUGGACCCUGUGCACUUUGAUGAAAGCGGCUCGGCGAUCAGUACAGGUUUGACCUUCGACUACACCACCCAGGUUGAAUACUCCACCGAUGGCGUGAACUUCGGCUAUACGCCGAUGCCUGACGGCGAGGGUUUUGACAGCAACGUACGCUAUGUGCGUGUCAGACCCACCGGACCGAUGAAUCAACCCAGUGGCGGCAGCAAUGCUGAGUUUGAACUGCGUUACGUGGUGCGGUUGGAAUAG